AUGGUGUCCCGUCGAAAAGGCGAUGGUCGUGUCGAGACAGAAAGAAGCGAAGAUGAUGCUGUGUCGCUGUCCAGCAUUGCACAAAGGGGAGCAACAGCCAAAGUUGGCCACACUCGCUCCAAGGACAAAGUGACAGCCGAGGCGGCGCGUGCAUCUUUUGGUUGUGGUGGGCGCAAUUUGGCGGGAUGCGGCUUGGCUUGUCACAUACAGUUUGACCGAAUUUGUGCAGCAAAGCAACGCGUGCAGCAUCAAUAUGCACCAGCUGCAGAAGCACACAGUCGGGGUCCAAACUGCGGGCGUCGUACAGUAUUUCCUUUGCGCUUCUUCCACGCCGACCGACGUCGAACAACUAGGCUGUGGAGUUGA